AACACCAUGAAAGCGGCGGUAAUUCACAAGUCCGGCGGUCCCGAGGUUCUAAAGCUCGAGGACCUGCCCAUUCCUAUUGCCAAAACUGGCGAGGUCCUAGUUCGCGUCAGAGCGUUUGGGCUUAAUCGCUCGGAGCUCUUUACUCGGCAAGGUCACUCGCCUAGUGUGGAAUUCCCACGGAUUCUAGGCAUCGAGGCUGUGGGCGAGGUAGUUGCAGCUCCCGGAACCGAAUUGAAGGAAGGCACCGCGGUUGCAACGAUCAUGGGCGGCAUGGGGCGACAAUUCAACGGUAGUUACGCGGAGUUUACCUGUGUACCGGCUUCUCAAGUCAAGGUGCUGCCAUCCAACCGCCUGACAUGGGAGGCUCUCGGGGCGCUGCCUGAGAUGCUACAGACCGCAUGGGGCUCACUUUUCUCGGCGCUACGACUGAAACCAGAUGAGAGGUUACUCAUCCGCGGCGGUACGACAUCAAUUGGACUCAUGGCUGCGGCUAUCGCCAAAAAGCACGGGGCCUUUGUCGCUGUGACGACUCGCCAGCCAGGACGGGUCACAAUGCUGCAGGAGAACGGUGCAGAUCUUGUCUUCAUCGAUGAUGGAGCGGUUGCUGGGCAGAUUAAGCAGCAGGGUCUGCAGCUAUUCAAUAAGGUCCUUGAGCUGGUAGGCACGGGAACGCUGACAGAUUCGCUCCGCUGCGCCGCCUGGCAGGGUAGUGUUUGUAUGACAGGCAUGGUCGGCAACGAGUGGACUUUUGAAAAGUUCAGUCCUAUGGACAUUGUCCCGCACACCGUUAACCUGACCAUUUACUCCGGCGGGGUGGAGGACUUCAUGGCCACACCAUACGAAGAGCUGAUCCCGCAGGUUGAGGCAGGCAUUUUGAAGGUGCGCCUUGGCAAGACAUUUCAUUUGCAAGAAAUCGUUGAGGCACAUCGCUGCCUAGAAGCUGGCAGUGCAGGAGGGAAGAUUGUAAUCUUAACAACCUAG